AUGUCUCAAGAAAGUGGCGACCAUGGCACGGCACUUCAACUCAAAAGCCCAGAUGAGAAGCAAAAGCUGCAUCAGACUGGGCCGGGAGAUGUAUGUCAAGAUUCUGCUUUUCUCAACGCCUUCCCAGAAGUGCGACUGCUCAUCUACAAGAUUUUCACCGACCCUCAGCAUGAGGAUCGUCUCAACGCCGAUCGCAAAAACCUUCUCCUGAUAUGUCAAAAGAUUACGGCCGAAUGGGCUCCGCUGUUUUAUCGAUCGACGAACGUUCUCGCGAACCCGCCAAAACCUGGAAUUGUGCCAAGAAGACGCUGGGGCCUGGGCGAACGCUACAGCCCGCAUCAGUUUGAUAAUCUCUUCUUGAAGAAUCUCGCUGAGUACAAGUUGAAAAAUAUCAGACGCAUAGAAUUCGAGCCCUGCACUCAAUUCGGAGAACGAUUGGGACAUCCAAUUCGGCAUAUUGGGAUGCAAGGGAUCUUCACUUGCCCAGAUUCGGUGAAUUGGAACGAAACGAACGUGCUUCUAAAUAUCCUGUAUGAGUACCGAGAUCAGCUCCAAUCACUUCAAGAGGUAACCAUGCGCAACACCUUCGUCGAUCCUGUGAGGUAUUGGCGGAAGAUUAGUAUGUACGAAACUCCUGAUGCUCCCAGCCGUCCAAUGGCGAGGAGAGUGUGGAGGGCGCUAACUCGCGACGGCAGUUUUGACCAGCUCGCAAAAGAGUGGCAAGAGUGGCAGGUUAGGGAACGCUCUGGAAUCUGCAAGGACUGGGACGUGCACAAGGUGGUUGAUGCCACAGUACGGGUUGCCGACCAACCGGAGGACAGAGAUGCGUUCUUUGAUCGGUAUGAUAUUCCUCCUGAGCUGAAUGACGGGCGGCAUGAAGCAGGAUACUGCUACACCAUAGUCUCGGUCCGAGUGGUCUUCAAGAAAAGAAUCGUCUCUGCCGAGAAUGGGACCGCAGCUCCAAAGCCAACGCCAGCAGACCAAAUUAUUCCGAGAGUCAUCGUCAAAUUGGAAGAGAAAAGCCCAGAGAAUUGA